GUCACCAAGCAUAAAAAAGUCGCAACUUCAGUUGCCACAAAGUUAAGUUAACCGUACAAACAGGUCGGGCAAAAUACAACACCUUAUUCAAGAGCAGCAAAACAAAGUGUGAUGGCCCUGGAUGCAUCAACCUUCGAAACCAUAACCCCUUCACGCUUCAUCGCCUUCACAGUACCUCAUCCAACAUGUUCCGAUUCCACUCUCCGAGUCGCCGUGCUCGACUCGCCGCUCCAACCCACUGACUCACCCCGAGUCGGCGCCAUGUUGGUCCCCGAAGGCCGUGAAACCGAUUGGAUCUUCUCCACCGAAUCGGGCCAUCUCCAACUCCUCUUCAGCUCCCCUGGAAUUUCACGUUUGAUUCUCAUAGGAACCCUCUUCAAAGAAGGUACUUUAACUCUUCUUCAAUCACGUGCUUAUCACCGUUCCUUGGAGUGUUCAUUGCAGCAUCAGGGUUUUGAGGUUUGGUCAAAGCCUCUUCUUUUGGCUUUGUCUCCUAAAUCUUUGUUCAAAAGGGGCAUUCCUGAGAUACCCCUUUUGAGUUAUGAGGAUAGUUUGGUUUCUAGUGUGGUGGUUCAUGAAUGUGUUGGGUGUCAUGUUGGUGAAAUGUUGGUUGAGGAUGUUGAAAUUGAAAAUGAGAGUGAUCAUGGGAGGGAGUUUAGGAGGAGGUUGAGGUUUAAGAGAAUGCCUAAUUUGAUUCAAACUGAAAUUUGUAUUAUUCCUGAGAGAGAUUGUGAUGGUGUGUGCAUUGGUGGUGAUGUGGGGUUUGUGCCUGAUCUUAAGGUUUUGGUGCACCCUUACUUGGGGCCUAUGGUGGCUGGUCUUGUGUUGAAUAGUGAAUAUGUGGAGGGGCGGAUUCGGAUGGGGUUUAGGCCGAAGGCUUUGUGCCUUGGGGUUGGAGGUGGGGCUUUGAUGACCUUUUUGAGAAAUCAAUUGGGUUUUGAGGUCAUGGGUGUGGAUAGUGAUAGGGAGGUUUUGAGGGUGGCAAGGAAGUAUUUUGGAUUGGAAGAAUGUGAGUUUGUCCGUGUUGUUGUUGGGGAUGCCUUUGAAUCGAUGAACAAGCUUGUGUGUCGUGGAAAAUUGAAUGGUCGGAGGAGUUCUUUUGAUGAUUGUGAGGUUAAUGGUUUUGGUGGUCACUUAGUGGUGGAGGAUGAGGUCAACUGUAAAUUUGACGUCGUUAUGGUUGAUUUAGAUUCGAGCGACGUGAGGAACGGUGUAAGAUCUCCGCCGUUGGAAUUCAUUAGAAAGGAUGUUCUUCUUGCUGCUAAAUUAGUUCUUUGUGAGUUUGGGAUUCUUGCCAUUAAUGUCAUUCCUCCUAGCAGGUCCUUCUACGACAACUUGGUGAGUCAUUUUCAGGAAGUUUUUCAUGAGCUGUACAAGAUAGAUGUAGGGAAUGGUGAAAAUUUUGUUCUUAUUGCCACAGCUUCACCUCUGGUGUUUUCAGUUGAGGAUUGUGGUAAUUCUUUUCUUAUGCGACUGAAAUCAGUUAUUCCGGAAGCAUUCAUAAAUUCCAUAACAAAGAUAUAAUGUUUCAUUUCUUGAGACAAGUGUAGUGAUUUUGAAAGAUCGUUUGCUUCCAAAUAGAUGAUGUGUCGGUAAUUUUGAUACUAUGAUCCAAAGUGGAGUGUUUCUUUCAUGCAUGGUGCAUCUUUGCCCGUGAAGAGAGUCAUCUUUAAGACUACUGAGCAAACACUGAAAUCACAUUCAUAUCAGCGGCUUUGCAUCUUGCUCUGGAUCCAAUUGCUUUCAGUAAGCUUAUGCCAUGUCACUCUUUGUUGGUAUUGAGGAGCACAUCAUCAAUGGAGAAGCAAGCAUCUGAGGGUUUCCACUGAAGAUUUCCAAAAUGGUUUCAAGAGUAGUAAAGUUCAUGACAUGCUUUCUUCUUCUUCUUCUUUUAUGCUUUUGGGAAAAGUGAAUUAUUGUAGUAAAGUUCAAGUAGCUUUUCAACUGGCCAAUAUCAUGUGCUGCCAAAAGCUUUAUAUAUAUAUAUAUAUAUAUAUAUAUAUAUAUAUAUAUAUAUAUAUAUAAUAGAAGUAUUUCAAUUACAUUAAUUUUAUAGUUGGAUGGAAGUAACUUCAAUUUUUUAUAUCGAUUGGUAAAUCAACAUAAUGCUAUUUUCCUCAAUAUUUUACUGUCUAAAAGAAUUGUUUAGCUCUAAUCCAACAUUGUAUAGAGCAGAACUUACUCUUUGUUUAUAGGGAGGAAUGAAUAGGCGCACCUGGUAAGGUGGCUCCAGCGUCCACAAUACAAAAUUGUUGCCAGACACAUAUUCAGAAGAAUCAUGAAUUAAAUAACGAGCUAGGGAUGUUAAUGCUGGAUCAGAAGUGUCAUAUUUUCUCAAGGGUACUGUUUUCAUGGCCACAUCAUUCAACCAAUGUUUUUGCAUUAGAUUUGCAGUGAUUUCAGAUUUGAAAAGUAGAGGUGAUAUGGAAUUCACUCUGAUUUUGUGUGUCCCCAUUUCUAAUGCCAUGAUCUGUCAAAUAACAUUAGUGUCAGAAAAUAAAUGAUAUCAAUAUUGGCGCCUCUAUUUAAUCAUUGUGAACAAUGAAUGGGUUAGUGAACUCUAGCAAACAUGUAAUUUUGUGAAUAUCAGAUGAGAAUAUGAAAUUAGAGCA